GGCAAAACAAUAACAAAUAACACACGUCGUCGUUUCGCGUUUAACGAUUUCUCUGCCUCGCGGAUUCACGGGAUUAUUCGUUGCGCGCGCGCCCGCCCGCGGGACAGGCCCUCGCUUGCGAUCGAUCGCGCUCUCUCGAUCACGGGAUUGUCGCGGAAUUCGUCGGGGAAGGAUCGAUCUGACGGGAAAAAGUGAGACCCAAUCUGGUCACGCCGCGAUGUUGUCAGCCGCGGAAAAUGCCCGCUGACGAGAGCCAGCACGGACGUGGUACGUGCGUGUGUGGACGCGCGUGGACCAAUAUGUGAUUUCGGCGUGCUCGCCGUUGUUCUCACGAGGGAGAUAGUGAAAACGAGGCGCACGCGAACGAGCGAGACGGCGACGGGGAGAGAAAAGGUGCGAUAAGAUCGGAUAAUAGAGAGCUUUUCUUCGAGCGUUCCUCGUGGCUCGUGCGGACGCGCGAGGCUCUGCCUGCCGAAUCGAUCGGACGUCGGACGAGUCAAAAUCGAGUUUCCAGGUGCGGACAGUACGGACAGUACCGCGUGCAUUUUUCCCUUUUUUUUCUUUUCAUAAUUCUGCGAGCACGCGUUUCCCCGUUUGCUUGCCAUUCCCGUCGACAUCGACAUCGACGGUCGUCGCGCGAAUUCCGCGCGUCAUUAGCACGCGCGACGCAACGUGACGUUCCCGCGUGCACAUUUAUUUACAUCCGCACGCGUCAGCGCGCUGAACACGCUUGACGGACGGAUCCAGCUUGCGAUCCGAUGUUUUCCCUUAUCUAGCGAGCUCUCGUGCACACUUCUGGUAGCCUCUUCGCGUGACGAUCGAGUGGAUUGUCGAUUGCCGUUUUCGUCGAAACCCCCCGCGAAUCGCUAAUGGAUGACUCUAAGUACGGGGACUUCUCGCUGGCCAGCCCGAUGGACAUGGUGAAGCAGGAGCCCGUCCAGGAGAUCGGCACUGCGUCAGCGUCAGUGCCGAUCCCUGGAGGCCACAGGGGCACCACGCGGGGAGCCUACGAUCAGUUCUCACCGUCACCCCUUGCAGUCUCCUCCGGCUGGGGCAUGAGGACCGACCACAUGGAGUAUCCCUUCAAGAUGGACCCGGAUCAGCUGGACAUCUCGUUCAAGAUGGACGAGGACGACAUAUUCCAGAUUGACAAGGCCGAGCUGAUCCAGGGACCAACCCUGGCCGAGCUCAACGCCAACGAUGACACCCUCCUGGAAGACCUGAACUUUGACGAUCUACUGCUACCCGAGGAGAGGGUGCAGCCGAUGAAGGCUGAGAACGCGCCACAGUCGAGCAGCUCUCUGUUCAGCGCUAGCGGCGCCGCAGGCUUCGCACCCAGCAGUUUCCCCCAGACCGGAUUGACUUAUCGUAGCUGCCCCACGUACACCAACACGUAUGGGUUCAACUUGAACAAGGGUUCGAACGUUGCGGACAACAACGCGGAGGCUGUCAGUCCCACUGCGUUUCCUAGCCCGGGAACCAGCAACAUUGCAGCCGAGAUGACAGUAACGCUACUGUCGGUUCUUGCAGGCAGUUCAACAGCGAGCUCCUCGACCUCGCCGCAUCCCGUGGGCCGGCCUAUCGUAUCGUCCACCUUGCACGAGCUGCUUAUGAGACGGUCCGACAAUCCGUUCAGCAACCCAGCGUCCAGCCAGAUGGACAGUAUCUCGACGAUGGGCGGCAAACCGAAAGCUUCGAGGCUCUCCAUGUCCGCGCCGACGCAGACGAUGGGACUGGAUCAGAUCUGGGCGCACAGGGAACCGCGGCAGCACCUGUUGAGCACCAGCAGCCUGGUGGAGGCGGGCUCGACGAGCAGUUUGAGCACCGGAGGCGCGCUGAGCCCCGAUCCUCUGUGUGUCGAUCCUCUCAGCCACGACGAGGGCUACGAGGACAGCGACGAUGACAGCGAUCAUUACGACGAUGACAGCAGCGAUAACGAUACAGGUGGGAGCGACGGCGAGGAUCAGGGCGGCAACAGAGUGGGCGCGGGCACAACGGAACUGGGAAAGGACCGGCACAACAAGAAGGAACGAUUCUUCUGGCAGUACAACGUGCAGGCUAAGGGACCAAAGGGCCAACGGUUGAUCGCCCGGGCGCGCCUGGAGGACCCGCAUGUCCUGAACGAGGCGACUGAUCCGGUAUUUAGUCCACAUUGUGCCCUCCGAGGAAUUAAGCAUAGCGGAAAAGCACGGAAAGGCGACGGGAACGAUCUUACGCCGAAUCCUCGCAAGCUUCAUAGCAUCGGCCGGGAGCUGGACAAGCUCAACCGUAUCAUAAACGACAUGACGCCUGUUUCAGAAUUACCCUUCACAGCACGACCGAAAACACGAAAGGAGAAGAACAAGCUGGCCUCGCGGGCGUGCCGCUUGAAAAAGAAGGCGCAGCACGAGGCCAACAAGAUCAAACUGCACGGACUCGAAGUCGAGCACAGGCGGCUGAUCCAGGGUAUAUCGCAGGCCAAGCACAUGCUCGCCGCCAAGCUGGCCGAGCACAAUCCGGAGAGUCAGGAGGAGCUCACGCGGCAGAUGGAGAAGUGCUGCAAGCUGGCUACCAAAAUGCGAAUAGCGAGCUACUCGACGGACUUCGUGAACAAGGUGCUGGACAACGUCAGAGCUGGGAUUCCUGACGGCGGCAUCGACACUUUUUAAUAUCGCAAGCGACCUCGUUUUUCCUAUACAAAUCUUACGUUCACGCGUGUAUAUAACUUUAGAAAAAUAUGCUACAUAUAUAUAUACAUAUAUAUAUAUAUGUGUGUAUAUGUUAUACAUGUAAUAGGGUAUUAUGCUUCUUCUUCUUCUCUAAAGGUAAUCGCUCUUAAAAAAAAAUUGCUUCUGAAGGCAGACACCUAUAGUUAACUUAUUGGUUAAUUAAUACAUGAUAAUUGCUACAGGUAAAACCGCUGCGGAAAAUAUAUAUAUAUAUUUAUCGUGAUGCGGCGUGAGAAACGAAACCUUGGCAUCGUGGUUAUCGGUUGAAAAGAGAAUUUAAUUUUGAUGAUAAUUUUUAAUUUCUUUUUCUACGAAAGUUUUUGCAUUUCUGCUGGAAGCCUCUGAGUUCUAUUGUGUGUGUGUAUAUAUAUAUCUAUCUGUCUGUCCUGUGUACAUAACAUUUCUCACGCAUCACGUAUAAUAGCUUCUCAGUGACGUGUCUCUUCGUAGGAGUACAGAGAGUAUAUUUUGUUUUACCAAUUAGCUCGAGAAAUCUUCUAUCUUUUUUUAAUAACGAGAUACGAUUAUUAUUUAUGACGAAAGUGCUGGAAGAGAGAAUGUCACCCGACACCGUUACAGACCAUAUCAUCAAUGUCCAUUAUCAGUAUUGCAAUAGCUAGAGAAGCACACACACACACACCGAAAGGCUCCUCGCUCGAGGAAAAACAUUUGGAAAAGAUAAAUGUUAAAUACGAUACGGUAGUGUUUUGUUAAUAUCGCUUUUUGUUGUUGCGUGAAAUUUUAUUUCGACUUGUUGAGUUUACGGGAGUGUACGCAUAGGCAACUAUUUUUUGCACCGACGGGACUGGUGCUCCUUCCCGCGAUCGAUGAUUAAUUAAUAAAACUAAUGGAAAAAUCAAGGUUUCGGAACUAUUGCACGCGAUGAUGCAACAAACGUUAAUCGACAUUGAUGACACGUUUUAAUGUUUACGACGCGGCGAUGUAGUUUUAAGUCUUAGUAGUGAAAAAAAUCUAGAAUGUGCACAUAUACAUGUGUGUGUAUAUAUAUAUAUAUGUGUGGUGUGUAUAUAUAUAUAUACACACGUGUGUAUGUGUGUGUACAUAUAUAUCUCGCGCUUAGGAACGAGCUUUGAAUUAUGUAGUUGUUUGCUGUUUGCUGACUCAAUCUACCUCAGAAUGAAACGCUAUACCUAUACCUACACGUGUAUGAAAAAAAAUGUAUUUGGAUUAAAAACAUGGAGUAACGGAAAUAAAAACAAAUUUGUAAUCGUGCCGCGCGGAGAUAGUCGUUAUAGUCGUUUUAUGAGUGUUUAGACGGGGGGGGGGGAUUAGAGGGGUCAAGGGAGAAAUCCCACCCUCCGUUCAGUGUUUUAGGAAGAAGGAAAGAAAAAAAAAACUGUACGCCGCGGUUAGAGUUACAAUUAUAUUUUGCUAAUUACUAAAUAUAUAUAUAUACAUAUAUAUUUUUUUUUUAAAUACACGAGACGUUACUCUCGUCUCGUAUUCGUACUAAUAUUUUUUUAAUCGAUUUUUGUAUGUAAAGCAGUAAAGCGCAAAAAUUGCGGCAGUCGCCUUCGUCGAGUACAGCGUGGAUACAUAUAUAUAUAUAUAAUUAGCCGUACAAUUGCACCAUUGUGAAUACAGACGUUGUAAAUCCUCGAUAAUCGUUAUGCGAGUCUUAAUUUAUUGUUAUUAUUCUUGCGGAGUUCUUUCAUUUCUCUCUCUAUCUUUCUCUCUCUCUCUCUUUCUCUCUCUCUCUCUUUCUCUCUCUCUCUCUCUCUCUCUCUCUCUCUCUCUCUCUCUUUUUCUGCUGUGUGUGCUAAGGAGCAAGAGUCGACGUGACACCAAAUUGUGUAGCACGAGACGUCAUUCUCGCGUAUAUAUGUACAUGUAUACACAGAUACACACACACACACACACACAUAUAUACAUAUGUACAUCGUAUAUAGUCACGGAAGUGUGCAAGACAUAUGUGCGUGUAAUAUAGAACUUCUUCCCU